AUGAGGUUUGGAAAAAGAGGGAAGUUAAGCCCGAAGUACAUUGGGCCUUACGCGAUCAUCCGAAAGGUGGGAAAGGUAGCCUACAAGUUGGAUUUGCCCAACGAGCUAGAAAGAGUUCAUAAUGUAUUCCAUGUGAGUCAAAUCCGGAAGUGCAUACCAGAUGUUUCCCAUGUGUUACAGCCUGAAACCAUCGAGAUGAACGAGAACUUGACUUAUGAGGAAAGAUCCGUGAAUAUUUUGGAUAGUAAAGUGAGAAGCAAUAGGAACAAUGAUGUUAAGAUAGUCAAGGUAUUAUGGUUAAACCAUAAGACGGAAGAAGCUACUUGGGAAGCUGAAGCCGACAUGAGGAAGAGGUACCUUGAGUUGUUUUCCGAGGUUGUGCAUGAGCCAAUUUGA